AUGCAAGACACCGAGUAUACAAAUGAAUGGGUCAAUUGGAUUGAGGAAGCUGUCGAUAAAGAAUACUUUAAAUUUUAUGAAUACAACCAAUUUAAUAAUAUUCAACAUAUUGGUACAGGAGGUUUCGGAAAAGUAUAUCGUGCAAAUUGGAAAAAUUCAGAAAAAAAAUUUGCGUUAAAGUCGUUUCUUAGUCUUGAUAACAUCACUGUGAAAGAAAUCGUUCGUGAGUUAAAAAUUCAGCGUGAUGUUGAUUUUCACGAUAAUAUUAUUCGUUGUUAUGGAAUAACAGAACUUGAGUCAGAAAAUUAUAAUAAUUAUUGGUUGGUAAUGGAAUACGCCGAUGGUGGUACUCUUCGAAGCUAUUUAAAGAAAAACUUUAACAAGCUUACUUGGAAUGACAAAUAUAAUAUGGCAUACCAAUUAUCUUGCGCCGUAUCAUGCUUGCAUAACGAAGGAAUAGUGCAUCGUGAUUUGCACCACUGUAAUAUACUAGUUCAUAGUAAAACAAUCAAAUUAGCAGAUUUCGGACUGUCAAAAAGAAUUGGAGAAUCAUCCAAUUUCCAAUCUAAACUAUUUGGAAUAGUUCCUUAUGUCGAUCCGAAAAGCUUUAAUAGACGAAGAAAUGAUAAUAACCAAUCAAUGCAAAUGUACUCACUAAAUGAAAAAAGUGAUAUUUAUAGUAUAGGCGUAUUAUUAUGGGAAAUAUCGAGUGGGCAACCUCCUUUUUAUGUUGAAGGUGAACAUUAUGAUAUUGGUUUGGCUUUAGAAAUUUUACAAGGACUUAGAGAAACUAUUGUUCCUGAUACUCCUGAGGAAUAUGUUAAAAUUUAUACCAAAUGUUGGGAUGGUGAGCCAGAUAAUCGACCAAAUAUAUAUCAAGUAUUUGAUUGGCUAAAUGCCAUAAUUACAAAAACAGAUGUAAUAAUAGAAAAUCAUCAAAUAUCAAAUGAACAGGAACUUAAUGAGACUUCUUUAAGUACUAACGCUAAUAAUUCAGAAAUGCAAGGAGAUUUAUCUCAACUUAUUCAAAAUUUUGAUAAAAUGGAUACAAAAGGAAUUGAUUCUAUAACAGUACUAUCAAGUAAACAAGAAACUCUUUCAACUGAAAAGGAUUUUAAUAUAGUAGUUGAUGAAAUAAAUGAUUUUAUUUUUUUAUUAAAAAAUAAAGGAAUUGAACAGAAAUCAGAAAAGCAACAAGUUAUUGAAUAUUUUAAUGAUCAUAACAUAAAUUCACAAGAAAUUUAUGAUUGGUUAUU